UUCGGUCUAUUUAUACUGGUAGUUAUCACACAUUACUAACCUUUAUCGUUAACUUGUAAAAACAAGAGAAGAUAGAUUAAUGGUCCGCAUACUAUUAUGUAAUCUAAUGCGGACAGUAUCGAAUGCCGCUUACCGCACACCAGAUGUUUUGUCAAUUAACCGAUAUGAAAUUGUCAGUGGUUACGGUGUUCGUCUGCAUUUUUUGCCAUAUAAACAGUUCAAAAAUAUUAGUGAUAACCUCUAUGCCGUCCUACAGUCAUUUUACUUUGGCAUUCCGCUUGGCCAAAGAAUUAGCCGAUAGAGAACACGAAGUAAGUUUCAUCAACCCAUACCCUCAGAAAACGCCAAUAAAACAUUUGAAGGAUAUUUCAAUAGAAGAAGUAAAACCAUUUGUCGCAGAAGUGAGAAAAACUUUCGCCGCAUUGGGUGAAUGGGGAUCAAUUGGAAGCCAUUUAAUAGACCUGCGUUUAAGUGUAGGUUUAAUAGAACAUACUUUCAACAGCACCAACGUUCAGAAUUUAUUGAAUUCAGAAGAAUCGUUCGACGUAGUUGUUAUUGAACACUUCAUAAAUGAACCACUCGUUGGAAUUGCUCAUCAUUUUAAAGCUCCUGUAAUAUUUUUAGCACCAGUAGCCUCAUGUUUUCGAAACAAUUAUAUAUUUGGUAAUCCUGGUCCUUCUUCUUACGUACCAGACAUCUUAGGAAUUUACACAAAACAUAUGAACUUUUGGCAAAGGUUAAAAAAUUUCAUUAUGAUGAGUUUUCAUGAUCUGUGGAGAGAACUUGUGAUGAUUCCGAAAUAUAGAACUUUGUUUAAAAAAUACACUAAAACUGAUUUCGAACUUGACGAUGUCCUGUACAAUGUGAGUUUAAUUUUAACCACUUCACACCCUAGCAUCAGUGACGCUGUUCCUCAUUUUCCUAAUAUUAUUGAAAUCGGAGGCUAUCACGUGUUUCCACCAAAAAAAUUGUCGGAAGAUUUACAGGACUUUUUAGAUACUGCUACAGAAGGGGUUAUUUUGUUUUCCAUGGGUUCUAAUCUAAAGAGCAAAGAUUUGACUUUGAAUGUGCGAAACGCAGUACUGAAAUCUUUCGCAAAAAUAAAAGUAAAAGUAUUGUGGAAAUUUGAAGACGAUUUGUUAGAAGCGCCUAGCAAUGUGAAGAUUAUGAGCUGGUUGCCUCAGCAGGAUGUUUUAGCACAUCCAAAUAUAAAAUGUUUUAUCACUCACGGAGGAUUACUGAGCACGAUAGAAGCUGUCUAUCAUGGAGUUCCCUUAAUUGGCAUUCCGGUUUUUGGUGAUCAGAGGAGUAACGUGGCAGCAGCCGUCAAUAGUGGAUAUGCUGUAAGCGUGCCUUUGGACGAAUUAACCGAGGAAAAUUUUUCGGCAGCGUUGAGCGAAAUUCUUUAUAAUGCUAGAUACAGAAAUAAUGUAAAACAAAGAUCCAAAAUAAUGCACGAUCAACCCUUGAAGCCUAUCGAUUCUGCCGUUUAUUGGAUCGAGCACGUCAUCCGACACAAGGGAGCGGUGCAUCUUAGAUCAUCUGGAAGUGAUUUAAAGUGGUAUUCUAGAGGAAUGAUUGAUAUUUUGACGUUUCUUGGAUUCACCAUACUAAUAUCGACACUAGUAGCGUACUCAAUUUUAAAAGCUUGUGCCAAAAAACUCUUUCUUAGAAAGAAAAAAGCAAAAAAGAGUUCAUCCAAAAUUAAGAAAACCGGUCAACCAUUAAAGUAAAUCAUGAUAGAUAUAUUACUCACAUAUCCUGGACGCAGCGUCCUUUAUUAGUAGAAUAUUCUUAAACACUCUUUGACUACAUACCUAUAUGUAGUUGUAAAAUCUCUGUGUGGGUGUAAUAAAAUGUUCUGUUAUAAUUCACCUGUCAUGAACUUCAUUACAAAAUAAAUUUUAUCGAAGAUCA